AUGCACCAGGAAGUUCAAAUUCACCAAGUCACCAGGAACCAUCGAAAGUCUGCCAUUAAUGCAAAACCUGGAGAUUUGAUUGAAAUACGUCGAACACUUAGGUAUAAACACUGGGCCAUCUACAUUGGACAUGGAGAUGUCGUACAUUUAACUUCAGAUGGUGCAAGUGGAGAUAUGAGUACUCGAUUCUCUAGGUCGGAAGAGAUUGCUGUGAUUAAGAGGGAGCCUCUCGCUGACGUAGCUGGCAAUGAUUCCUGGAAAGUCAACAAUAGAUCGGACAUAAUAUGGAAUCCAUUACCCGUUGACAAGAUAAUAAAAAAGGCUAAAAAAAAGAUUGGAUGGAAAGUGCAUUACAAUGUACUAAAUUCAAACUGUGAACACUUUGUUAAUUCACUUCGGUAUGGUAUAGAGAUAUCAUUUCAGGUUAUUAAAACAUACUGCUUCUUUGGGGUAAUGGCCAUCAUCAACCCUAUUGCUGCUGUUGCUAGUGCUGCAGUUGGUGCCACCGCCAUUCUUAAAGGUUUGCCUUGUGCGAGCACAUCAUUGAAAAGCACAGCUAAAAAAUAACGGAGAGCGCUGAGUUUUUAUUAAAGCAUUAAUCAACCCCAUUGUUUGAGUCGAUGUCAUUGUUGAAAUAUUGGAACUUUUGUACAGUAUGUUCCGCCAUUCAAUAUGAUCAUGGCUGAUCAUCCAACUCAGUAUCCCGUACCUGCCUUCUCUCCAUACCCCCUGAUCCCUUUAGCCACAAGGGCCACAUCUAACUCCCUCUUAAAUAUAGCCAAUGAACUGUGGCCUCAACUACCUUCUGUGGCAGAGAAUUCCAGAGAUUCACCACUCUCUGUGUGAAAAAUGUUUUUCUCAUCUCAACACAUAAUCCUCCGAAAUUUCCGCCUCUUCCAACCAGCCACAUUUUCCCAUCUCCACUCCUUUUCGACUUCCGCAGCUCUGGACCAUUCCCUCUGCAACUCCCUGGUUAACUCAUCCCUUCCGACCCAAACCACCCCCUUCCCCUGCAACCGCAGAAGAUGCAACACCUGUCGCUAUACCUCCUCCCUCGACUCUGUCCAGGGACCCCGAUAGGUUAUGUAGAGGUUCACCUGCACCUCCUCCAACCUCAUCUACUGUGUCUCUAACCAAAGAGUCUUGUAGAGUCAUACAGCAUGGAAACAUGCCCUUUGGCCCAACUCGUUCAUACCUCAUCUACACUAGUCCCAUUUGUACGGGUUUGCCCAUAUCUCUGUGAAACGUUCCUAUCCAUCAACCUAUCCAAGUGUCUUUGAAAUAUUGUUAUAGUGCUCAUUUACAAAACAGAAAUAGGCCAUUCAGCCCAACUCUGCUAUGCUGACCAAGAUUCCCUAUCUACAUCAAUGUUGUCUGCUUUUACACUUAGUUUAGUUUAUUAUUGUCACGUUAUUGUACUGAUGGAGACUGACUAGCAUUUGUUUGCGUGCUAUUCAGUCAAAAGAAAGACUAUGUAUAUAUACAAUUGUCAUAGAGCCAUACAGUGUAGAAACAGGCCCUUUUGCCCAACCUGCCCACACCGACCAACGUAUCCCAUCUACACUAGACCCACCUGCCUGCGUUUGGCCGAUAUCUCUCUAAACCAGUCCUGUCUAUGUCUGAAGAAGGGUUUCGGCCCGAAACGUUGCCUAUUUCCUUCGCUCCAUAGAUGCUGCUGCACCCGCUGAGUUUCUCCAGCUUUCUUGUGGAACUGUCUAUGCACAUGUCUACUUGCAUCCUAAAUGUUGCGGUAGUCCCUGCCUUAACCACCGCAUCCGACAGCUCGUUCCAGACACCCAUCUAUCUCCCUGAGCUUAUGCCUAGACCACGGGAUAUUCAGCAGCCCCAAGUCGGCCGAUCUGAGGGGCCUGGAGGUGGAGUGGUGGGUGAGAAGACUUUUAAUGUAGGUGGGGGCAGGACAAGCCCAUUGAGGGCUUUGUAGACAUGGAGGAGGAUCUUGAAGUUUAUAUGGAACAGCACAGGGAGCCAGUGGAGAGAGAGAGGCCAGGAUCAUAGAAAU